AUGAAGCCCCUCACUCUCUCAGACUUUCAGGCUCAGAAACAGAAACGACAUCAGGCGAUUUGGCAUGAACUUCGCCGUGUGGCCGGCUCCGGCGUGCUUGAGGUGCCGGAGAAGGUUGCGACCCUCAGCAAGCAGGUCGACAACUUUGAAAGCCUGAUCAAGGACCGCACCUUCCCGCCUUGGCGCCUGAGGUUCUCCCUCGCGCUCGUCGCCGUCUCCGGCAACGACUACGCCCGCCCCGCCAACAUGAGCUCCGCCGACGACACGUUGGCUUUGAUCGAGACCGUGACGACGGGGAUCGCCAAGGAGGUGCAGCGGCUGCAGGAUCUCGGGAUGAACAGGAUCCUCGUCAACAACGUGCACCCACUAGGCUGCACGCCGUUCCGGACCAGGCCCAACAACUACACCCACUGCGACGACGUCGCCAACGCGGUCGCGGCCGCCCACAACAAGCUUCUCGCGGAGAAGCUGGGCAACUACCGUGGGAACGUCAUGCUCCUCGACCUCAACACGGCCUUCUCCAGGGUCGUCCAGCCCAAUCCCAACGCAACGGGAAGUGAUGACGAGACUCUGGCUAAGACGUUCAAGAACAAGCUGAGGCCGAGCUGCGAGAGCUUUGAUCCAAUCACUGCGGGCAGGAGGACAAGGAUGGCUGUCCUCAGUACAGCGUCACCGACGACCUCGGCAAGGACAUGUUCAGCAACUUCUACUGGGAUGAUUUACGUCUUCAAUUCUCUGCUUCCCUCCCCUUCGAUCUACGGAGAGUCUAUUGUUGUGGUCUGUGGAUCUGGUGGGGCUGGUGGUGCGGAAAGAUUGAUGGGUGGGACUUCCUCAACUGCAAAAAGAAGAACUGGAUCAGCUAUGAGAGCAAAUAAGGAAAACACUAGUAGUAAAAAGAAUAGGAACUUGCCAAAGCACAUGGGCAAGAGAGUCGGUGGAACGAUCACUGCGCAGGUUAGUGGAAGGAGGUACAUUCGUGUUGGAAUGAGAGGAAAGGGCGACAUCCGGCUGAUAUCCCCGGACAACACGUGGCAGAGGCAAAUCAGAUUCUCUCUGAUGACUUGUCGAAGACCAUCGCAGCACUGGAACCGUGCCGUCGUCUCGCUUGCAUUCGUCAAAUAG